AUGACGCUGAAGGCAGCCAUUGCGACGUGGGCCCGUCGCGUGUGCGACCCGCGCGACACCAAGGCGGCGUGGGCCGUCGCACGGCUGCUUCUGAUCGCAGAGGCGGUGCUGUGCUCCGCGAUCAUCGCCAAGGUCCCAUACACCAAGAUAGACUGGGAUGCGUACAUGGCGCAGGUCACGGGCUUCCAGCACGGCGAGCGCGACUACACCAAGCUGGAGGGCGACACGGGCCCCCUCGUCUACCCUGCAGGGUUCCUCCUCUCCUUCUCUGCUCUCAAGUGGAUAACCGGGGGAAUCGUGGCAAACGCUCAGGCGGCCUUCCUCGUCCUCUAUCUCAUCAACCUCCUCAUGGUCUUCGCCAUCUACAUCCGCACACAGGCGGUGCCCCCCUGGGUGCUCGUGCUGCUGUGUCUCUCCAAGCGUCUACACUCCAUCUUCCUGCUUCGCCUCUUCAAUGACUGCCUCGCCAUGGCAUUCCUGCACGCCUCGCUCCUCAGACUGCAAUCGUCUAGAUGGAUCCCGGCAGUCCUCCUAUUCAGUGCAGGCGUUUCAGUCAAGAUGAACGUCCUGCUCUUCCUCCCUCCUCUGCUUCUCAUCAUGGCAAAGACCCUUCCCCUGCUUCAAAUAAUGGCUCUCCUUGGUGCAGCAGUCGCCUUUCAGCUUCAACAGUUUGGUGUUGAGACGUCUCAUAACUUGUUCCUCUCAUCUCCUUUUGAGUCGACUCAAAAGCCGUCUCAUAACUUGUCCCUCUCAUCUCCUUUUGAGUCGACUCAAAAGCCGUCUCAUAACUUGUUCCUCUCAUCUCUGUCUGUCAACUUCAAGUUCGUCCCCAGGUCAACCAUUGUGUCGAAGCCCUUUGCUCAACCCCUCUUGCUUGCCCUACUCCUUCAUCUCCGUCCUUUCUGUUGCCCUCUCUUCUCAUCAGAACAGAAUGCAUGUUUCUCUCACCUGUUGAUGCUCUUCUGCCACUUCUGCUGGUGCAGGUAUGAGGGCGGCAUGUUUCGAGUUGCCAUCGCUGCUCUGCUCUCCCCGUUCAAACGACUGCAGACCCGCCCGUUGCAUCCUGACCACAUCACAUACCUGAUGCUCGUUGGUAACUUCAUUGGAAUCUUCUGUGCUCGCAGCCUGCACUACCAGUUCUACUCCUGGUACUAUUUCUCCAUCCCCUACCUCCUAUGGAUCUCUCCUCUCCCCACACCACUUAGGCUGCUUCUCUGGCUGACCAUCGAGCUCUGUUGGAACAUCUACCCGUCCACACCAGCCUCCUCCCUCUCCCUCCUCCUCACGCACCUCUCCCUCCUCCUCGCCCUCUGGAUGGCCCCCCCCCGCCUGCCCUUCGGAGCAGACGAGCAGUCCUGGCAGGGGCAGGGGGGAGCGGGGAAGGGGGAGGGCGGUGCAGUGGGGGAGAUGGAAGGUAUGGGGAAGGAGGAGCGGGAGGCCAUGUGGCAGCAGUAUGUGCAGCAGAUGACACGAGAGGCUGAAGCUCAGGCUGCUGCCGCUGCUGCUGCUGGUGCUGGAGAGGGGUCAAAAGGAGCAGAGGGAGAGAAACGAAAGGCAGAGUAA